GGCUCGCAAGCAGCGCCGUACACUGUUAUACUGGAUUGUACUUCAACGGGAGUUUGCGGUUUGGCAGGUUUAUAUACAUCAAAACAGAACAAAGAGAUAGGCUCUACAGUGCUAUAAAAGAAGAGAGAGAAAAGAAUAAAGCGAGGGAGAAAUCUCGGCGACUGAAUUACAAAAGAACUGAGGACACUCUGCUAAUGUUUUUCACAUCCAAAGGGGACAUAAAGUGGGACUUUGUACAUUGUGGAGAAUUUGCAAGGCUUUUUUGUUUAUUGCGGCCACCAAAAGUUUGUUUGGGACAGCGUGUUUUUUCGCCUGUAUAUUUGAAUUUUUAAUGUUCGCAAUCUCAUCUCCCAGCGCAAAACUUUCAAACCGGACUGCACAUGGUUUCAAAGGGCUUUUGAAAACCUGGAUUUUUUAUUCGUCGAUAUCCAUGCACAAGUGUCUGAAGUAGAAUGUUGUAAAUACAUGCGGAUUUUAUUCAGUUUCUUGAGGCCGUUUUUUAAGCUUUUUUCUUUUCUUUUUUGGCGUUUUUACGCACGUCGAUGGUAUUUGCCAAAAAACUACCCAUACUUUUAAAGUUUGAAUAAUUCAUGAGAUACAAUUUGCCUGCUCGAAAGAAGUGACUGUAAAAAGGGAGGGGGGUUAUCCACAAACAUAUUCAUAAGGGUUGACGGAAUGGCCACCGCGGCUUCCAAUCCUUAUCUACCCAGCAAUAGCAUCUUAUCGUCCGGCUCCAUCGUGCACUCUGACUCCGGAGGUGGUGGCAUGCAGCCGGGCAGCGCUGCAGUUACCUCGGGGUCUGGGGGCUACAGGGGGGACCCCACAGUCAAGAUGGUUCAGAGUGACUUUAUGCAAGGCGCAAUGGCAGCGAGCAACGGGGGACACAUGCUGAGCCAUGCCCAUCAGUGGGUGACAUCCCUCCCGCACGCCGCUGCUGCUGCGGCCGCAGCGGCGGUUGCUGCAGCUGAAGCCGGAUCGCCUUGGUCGUCGAGUCCCGUCGGGAUGACGGGCAGCCCGCAGCAGCAGGACGUCAAAAACUCCGGCAGAGACGAUCUGCACACGGGCACCGCGCUGCACCACAGGCCCCCUCACUUAGCUCCCCAUCAGACUCACGCCGGGAGUUGGGGGAGCACGACUGCGGCGCACAUUAACUCCAUAUCCGGGGGGCAGCAGCAGCAGCAGUCGCUCAUCUACUCCCAGCCGGGAGGCUUCACUGUGAACGGGAUGUUGAGUCCGGGGAGCCAGAGCCUGGUGCACCCGGGGCUGGUGAGGGGAAACACCCCGGAUCUGGACCACGGCAGCCACCACCAUCACCAUCACCACCAGCAUCCGCAUCACCAGCACCACGGCGGCGUCAACAGCCACGACCCGCACUCGGACGACGACACGCCGACCUCGGACGACCUGGAGCAGUUCGCCAAACAGUUCAAGCAGCGGAGGAUCAAAUUGGGCUUUACGCAGGCGGACGUCGGCUUGGCUCUGGGCACCCUGUACGGGAACGUUUUCUCUCAGACAACCAUCUGCAGAUUCGAGGCUCUGCAGCUCAGCUUCAAAAACAUGUGCAAGCUCAAGCCUUUGUUAAACAAGUGGCUCGAGGAGGCCGACUCGUCCACCGGUAGCCCCACCAGCAUCGACAAGAUCGCGGCGCAGGGGAGGAAGCGAAAGAAGCGCACGUCCAUCGAAGUGAGCGUCAAGGGGGCUCUGGAGAGCCACUUCCUAAAAUGCCCUAAACCCUCGGCCCAGGAGAUCAGCAGCUUGGCGGACAACUUGCAGCUGGAGAAAGAGGUGGUUAGAGUGUGGUUUUGCAAUAGGAGACAGAAGGAAAAACGGAUGACGCCCCCAGGAGUGUCACAGACGCCGGAGGAUGUGUACUCUCAGGUCGGCAAUGGGCAUUUUUUAGUAGAUUACUUAAAAGAUGAUGCAAGUGAAGCGAGCGACCAGAGGGUGACAACCACAAGUUCAUUCCACCAGGUAAUUUUGGCGCAUUGAGACACACCAAGAGGAAACCAAGUAUUUUUUAUUCUUCUUCUUUUUUUUUUUAAUUCUCUCCCCCUCUUCCACCAAAAAAUUAAAAAAUACA